CCGUUAUUUGGUUACAAAAUGUGCAGGGAACCAAGGAUUUUUUGUUGGAAAACAGUUAUCAUGAUAACUAUUAUUUUGACAUAGUUCCAAGUAAAGGUGUUUGUCGGCUUUUCCCGUAUACAGUUUGGCAAAAGCUCGAGGAGAGAGGGGGAGCUGGAGAGGGGAGACUGAGGUUGUGGCUCUGCGUGUUACAGCCCUUCUCCGAUGAUGCCGGGAGAAUAUCUGUUCAAGAACACUGUGCACGCUACGGUGGCCCGUGAGGGACCGGUGUUCUGACGACUGUCUCUGUGGAGCUUUUGCGCCGUUCCACAAGGCCAGCGCCCUCAGCCUCCAGAGCAGCUCGCUGUCCGACCGAGAUCGCACUCGCCCGCCUCUGUCUUUUACCUCUCCACCUGUGGCGACGCACCUGGCGUCCUUCCGCCGUCCGCCGUCUCUCCGCUGCCGCGUGUGCAGGUUUUCGCGCAGUGAUCUGUCUCAACUCCGGACGAUGCGGUAUCACACCUCCUUAUCGGUCUGCCUGGACUGAGCGACGCCCUUCACAGUCGAUGGCCUGUAGCCGCGCCGCCCGCGGCUGAGCACACAGCAUGUCCCGCGCCUCCUCCACCGCCAAGCGCUACGCGGGCUCGUACUCCAGCUCCUCCUACGGCCACUAUGGGUCGUACGGCUCGUCGCUCUCCCCCGCGCUGGACUCGUACAGCCGGCGGGACCGGCUGCCCUACUCCAGCGCCGCCUCCAGCUACCUGAGCCCCGCCGGCGGCCGCGCGCGCAACUACAGCACGGCGGCGGAGCUGGAGCGGGGCCGGGCCGCCCCCCCGCGCGGCGACCUGCUGGCCGGCCGGCGCAGCGAGAGCCUCAGCCGCGCCCCGCUCAAGAGCUACGGCACGGGGCUGAGCGGCGGCGGCGCGGGGAGCUACUCCUCCGUGCCGUCCAGCUACCUCUCCUCCUCCUCCUCCGCGUCCUCGUCCCCCGGCUCGUCCUCCGGCGCGGGGCUGGGCCGGCGCCGCUCGGUGAGCCAGACGGACCUGGCGCGCGACCUGUCCUCGCUGACGCUGGGCGAGGCCUCCUACUCCUCCGGCAGCGCGCUGCGCGCCGCCCACCGCAGCCGGGCCAGCGACGUGGCCGACUCCUACACCCACGGCCGCGCCUCCUACGGCCUGCCCCGCGCCUCCACGCAGGACUGCUCCGCCUCUCCCGCGCGCGACUACGGGAGCUCAAAGGCUGGACAGGGUGUGAUGGGGCUGCGGAAUCUGGGGAACACUUGCUUCAUGAACUCCAUCAUUCAAUGUCUGAGCAACACUCGAGACCUGCGAGACUACUGUCAACAUAACUCCUACCGCAGAGACCUGAAUAACAACAGCCACAAUUCAGCACUCAUGGAAGAGUUUGCCAAGCUCAUCCAGACACUGUGGAAAUCAUCCGGCAGUGAGGCCGUCAGCCCCUCAGAGUUCAAAACCCAGAUUCAGAAGUACGCUCCCCGAUUUGUGGGCUAUAAUCAACAGGAUGCUCAAGAGUUUCUGCGCUUUCUACUCGAUGGGCUACACAAUGAGGUGAAUCGGGUCACCGUCCGGCCCCGGGGACACAUGGAAGAUUUUGAUCACUUGCCGGAUGACGAGAAAGGGAAACGCAUGUGGAAUAAAUAUCUGGAAAGAGAGGACAGCAAAAUCGUUGAUCUGUUUGUUGGCCAGCUAAAGAGCUCGCUGACUUGCAGCGAGUGUGGCUACUGCUCUACAGUGUUUGACCCCUUCUGGGACCUCUCCCUGCCCAUCGCCAAGAAGGGCUAUGGGGAGGUGAGCCUGAUGGACUGUGUGAGACUCUUCACCAAAGAGGACGUGCUGGAUGGCGAUGAGAAACCGACAUGCUACAGGUGUAAAGCCAGACGAAAAUGCACGAAGAAAUUUACAAUUCAGAAAUUUCCGAAGAUUCUGGUGCUGCACCUGAAGCGGUUCUCUGAGGCUCGGAUCAGAAGCAGUAAACUAUCCACCUUUGUGAACUUCCCUAUGAAGGACUUGGACCUCAGAGAAUUUGCAUCAGAAAACAGAGUUAAUGCAGUCUAUACCCUGUAUGCAGUGUCCAAUCACUCAGGUACCACUAUGGGCGGACACUACACAGCGUACUGCCGCAACCCCACCACCGAAGAGUGGUACACCUUCAACGACUCCAGAGCAACGCCAAUGUCCUCCAGCCAAGUCCGCAGCAGUGACGCCUACGUGCUGUUCUACGAGCUGUCCAGCCCCUCCCGGACCUGAGUCCCAGCGGGGGGAACAGGGCAGAGGUCCCACGCAGGGGGAGCAUUUACUGUAGGCAACAGCGCCUCGAACAACCGGAGGUGGCGUGGACAAUAUCCCAGCAUGCCGUUCUUUCUCUCCUCCUGUCAUCUGAGGGAUCAGAACAGAGGGAGCGAUGCGAUCACCUCUUGCCAGCAGUCCGACGCACAGAACCCCACCGGAGAUGUCUAUGCACUGCAACUCAGACUCACCCCCCCUGCUGUUCUCACUCUCAAGAUCACCACAAAGUGAAGACUGAUUUCAUUUUAUUUAUUUUUUUUCCCCCAUUUUGUUUUGGAUUAUCUGCUUAGUUUUUUUGUAUGUGCAGUUUCAAACCUGGAAGCAGGAGGGGGUUUUUAUAUAUAUAUGCAUAUAACAACUCCCAACGCAUUCUGUGCUGUUUUCCUUUCACACUCCUGCUUCUCGUCACUGUUUUUGUCUGUUAUUCUCAGUGUCCAAUGUCUGAGUGACUCUGCUGCCCCCUGCUGGCUCGUGCUGUUGGAAGACUGCACUGUGCACAGAUGAUGCCUGUGACUUCAGUGUGGUCGCUACUGACGUUUUAAAGUGCUGUGAAUGAAAGAGCAAACCAAAAACAAGUCUACAGUAUGGAUCCAUCACUGAUUUCUGAUCUCAUGCCAUUGAACAAUAUGGAAAGAAUGUUUUGAAAAAACACUAUAUAUGUAUAUUUUUAUAUUAUGAUGCAAUAUAGAGAAUGUACUAUACAGUGGUGCUUAAAAAUGACCCAUUACUGUUUUCAGUAAAUUUAACAGGUGAAAGAAAAUAUUUAUGCUUACUGAUGAUAAAUGUGAGGUCACAAUUUUUAACAGUGGCACAAAUAACACACACACACACACACAGUCACACUCACAUAAAUAAAAAACAGAUGCUGUGUAUUUCUGUAUUCCCUUUUUCUGGUAAAUGUUUUUGAGGUGGGAUUGCUCAGAUAUGUCAUUUUAAGAUGGUUUCUACAUCUGCCUUGCACUGAUAAUAUAAUGUGUUCUCUACAGACCGUAGAGGACUCUAUACACCGGAA